AUGCAUGUCUGGCUCAGUACAUCCGCGAACAAUUUUCCUGAAUCAAAUUCUGAUGAAAAUAUAAAUGGCGAUAUAGAUUUAUCUCAUACAGCCUUAAAGAAUAUUGAUCCCAAAAUGGUGGAAAUCAUAAAUAACGAAAUCAUGCACAAAUUUAAGCCUGUUGAUUGGAUUGAAAUUGCUGGUUUAGAAUAUGCUAAAUCGAUCAUCAAGGAAGCUGUAGUUUAUCCUCUUCUACGACCAGAUAUAUUCACUGGCUUGCGUAGACCACCAAGGGGCAUUUUACUAUUUGGGCCUCCGGGAACGGGGAAAACAUUAAUUGGCAAGUGUAUAGCAUCACAAUCCAAAUCAACAUUCUUUAGCAUCAGUUCGGCAACAUUAACCUCUAAGUGGAUGGGUGAAGGCGAAAAAAUGGUGCGAACACUUUUCGCGGUUGCAGUUGCUAGACAACCAUCAGUUAUUUUCAUAGACGAAAUUGACUCUCUACUCUCAAAGCGUUCUGACAAUGAGAAUGAAGGUACUCGACGCCUCAAGACUGAAUUUCUAGUGAGACUGGAUGGAGCGGCUACAUCAGAUGAUGAUCGCGUUUUAAUAGUUGGCGCUACGAACAGGCCCCAAGAACUAGAUGACGCUGUACGCCGGCGGUUUAUUAAACGUCUCUAUGUUCCCCUACCGGAAUUGAAUGCUCGCAUUGAUAUACUCAAAAAUUUGCUGAAAACUGUCGACAACGUCCUGACCGUACAAGACUUGGAAGAAAUUGGUCGUUUAUCAAAUGGAUACUCUGGAGCCGAUAUGGAAAGCUUAUGCCGUGAAGCAUCUAUGGAACCAUUACGUUCUGUACCCCAGGAUUUCAUCCUAUCAUUUGACAAGAAUAAUUUGCGAGCAGUUAAUAAAAAUGAUUUUCUUAUAGCAUUCAACAAAAUUCGACCUAGCGUUUCGCCCGAUGAUUUAGACCAAUACGUGGAAUGGAACAAAACGUACGGUUCAAGUUACUGA